AUGGCUGCUAAACGUUUUCUCAGUUUAUUCAAAUCGUCAAACAAAAGAGAAAAGGAGAACAAUGAUCCAUUAAUGAGUGAAUACCAGUAUCACUUAAGUAAUGGACAGCGAAGAUCCCGUCGAGUUAACUUUCAGUCAGCUGAUGCGAGUUCAAAAAGGCGAAGUUGUGUUACUGAAGUAACUAAUGAUGAUGACGAUGGUAGUGAGAUAACUUUAACUGCUUCGGCUGCUAGUCGUCAACAACAUCCAAAUAGCAAGAAAAUGCCUCCACAUCCUUAUUUGGUUGUCACAGAACCAAAACAAAACCAUGGUCCUCGUUCAUGCCCCGGAGGGGGAGGGCAACAUUAUUUUGAUUUUGAUUCUCUCGACAAUGACGACAUUUCUGGAGCUAAUGGGGGAACUCUUGAUAGGUCUUUGGAAGCUCGUUCAGAAUUUAUUUCGAAUACACAACAGCAACAUAGACGAAGUAGUAGACGUAGAUUGCUUCCAUCAUCAGACGAAAAAUCAUCACAAUCCUCACAUCCUUUUAGUGAGAUUGGAAAUGGGCGGGGAAAGGAAGGCCAACAACGCGAAAAUGGUGUUAAUUUUGGUGGUUCUUCUCGUUAUAAAAAUAUCCCGUGGGCAGCUACUAAUGUUAACAAUUGGAGAUUGGAAGGAAAUUUUGUAGGAAAACAGCAAUAUAUUAUUCAAAUAAGAGAACAACAACAGGAAAUACAUGAUUUGCAGAUUGCUUAUAGAGAUGAAAGAGGACGAAGAAAAACACUUCAACGAGAAUUACGUAGAGAACAAGAAGCUAAAGAUAGAUUUCAGUGUGAAAAUUUUCGACUUCAAUCAAUUAUUGGCUUACUAGUUCAACAACAACAGCAACCAAACUCGGGCAAUUUAAAUACACAACUUGGUAUUGAGCUGAAUAAUUUAGCAGCGAUUAUGCCUAAUAAUUUGUAUAAUUCUUGGACUGGAAAUACUCCCUCUUCGUCUUCUGCCGUUGCUGCUCCACCAAUCCAUCCACCACUACAACAACCACCCCCACAACAAUCUUUACUUCAACCACAAUCUUCAAAUCCUUGGACUCCUUGUCGGAAUGCUGCAGCAUUUGAUUUUAUUAAUUUUCAACACCAAUUACCUCCACAGUCUUUAUUUGGAAAUGUUGGGGGACCAGGAGAAUGUUUAGCAGCUCCAAUACUUUCCUCUUCUUCCUUAAUUUCACAACAACAAACAAAACAACAUCAAAAAAUUAACCAACAAAAUAGUGAAGAUGAAAUUAAAAUUUUUAGAACUGGACAGCAUAAUACUGACUCUUUUAGUGGGUCUUCUCGUUUAACAACAGGAGAUUUAACUGAAAUGGAACGUGAAAAAAAUGAUUUGUUAGUUAGUGAUGUUAGUUCUAAAGAAUUUUGUUCUUCGCCAGAAGUUGAACGUGGAGGGGGAAAUACAACAACAACUUUACACGGACUUUCCUUUUCUGUUGAUGAUUGUCAAAAUCUUUUUAGUUUAAAUCGUAAAAGUGUUGGAGGAGGGGGAGGGAAAGAUAAUUCUUUCCCAAUUUUAUUUCCAGAUGUCGAAUUACCGUUGAGAGAUGAUGGUUAG